AUGUUGUUGAAUAAGAAGACUCUAUUUAAGUUGGCAAGCUUAUUGUCUUUGGCCACCUCUGCUUUGGCUCAAGAAGACGCUAUCGCCCCAGAAGAUUCAGAUGUCGUUAAGCUAUCUGGAAAGGAUUUCGAAUCCUUCAUCGGCAAAAACAACUUGGUCAUGGCUGAAUUCUUUGCUCCAUGGUGUGGUCAUUGUAAAAAUUUGGCUCCAGAAUAUGUCAAAGCUGCUGAAAAAUUAAAAGAACAUGAUAUUUACUUGGCUCAAGUCGAUUGUACCGAAAAUCAAGAGUUAUGUAUGGAACACCAAAUUAGAGGUUAUCCAACUAUAAAAAUCUUCAAGAAUGGUAAUUUGGAAGAACCAAAAGAUUACCAAGGUGCAAGAAAAGCUGACGCUAUGAUAGAUUUCAUGAUUAAGCAAUCUUUGCCUACCGUCAUGGACGUUGCAUCCGAAGAUGAAUUGGAUUCCAUCUUAUUAAACGCUACUUUACCUGUCGUCAUCAACAAUGACGUAGAAAACUUUAAUGAAACUUUCCAUAAAAUGGCUGAUAAAUUAUUCUCAGAUUAUGUUUUCGUUUCUUAUCCAUUAAAGAAAAAUCCAAAAUUAUCCGUCAUUUUAUCAAAUGAAGAUGAUUUGGACAAUGAACCAAUUGUAUACGACGGUGAUUUAUCAAAAACUUCAGAAGAAGAUUUCAUUAAAUGGUUAAAAGUACAAUCUUUACCUUUCUUCGGUGAAAUUAACGGUGAAACUUUCAACAACUAUUUUGAAAGUAAAUUACCAUUAGCUUACUUAUUCUACAACUCCCAAGAAGAAUUAGAAAAGUACUCUGAUUUCUUAACUAAAUUAGGUGAAAAACAUAGAGGUAAACUUAACUUCGGUGCUUUAGAUGCUCAAAAAUUCGGUAGACAUGCUGACAACUUAAACAUGAAGGAACAAUUCCCAUUGUUUGUCAUUCAUGAUAUGGACUCAAACUACAAAUACGGUUUGAAACAAUUGGCUGAUGAAGAAUUCGAAAAAUUAACCGCUCCAAUCGUCUUGAAAGAAAAAGAAAUUAAAAAAUUGGUCGAAGAUGUCCUUGCUGGUAAAGCUGAACCAAUUGUUAAAUCUGAACCAAUCCCAGAAUCUCAAGACUCUAGUGUCAUGAAAUUGGUCGCUCACAAUCACGAUGAAAUUAUCAAGGACCCAAAGAAGGAUGUCUUAGUUAAAUACUACGCUCCAUGGUGUGGUCACUGUAAGAAUUUGGCUCCAAUUUAUGUCGAUUUAGCUGAUUUGUUGGCUAACGAUAAAUCCACUAAGGAUAAAUUCGUAAUUGCUGAAAUUGAUGCUACUUUGAACGACGUUGCUUCUGUCGAUAUCGAAGGUUACCCAACUAUCAUUCUAUACCCAUCAGGUAUGAACGCUGAACCAGUUACCUUCCAAACCAAGAGAGAAAUUGAAGAUUUCUUAAACUUCUUGGAAAAGAACGGUGGUAACUCUUUAAAUGCCGGUAAAUUAGCUAAACAAUACCAGAAAGAAUUAGAAGAGAAGAAAGCUGAAGAAGAAGAAAAGGAAAAAGCUGCUGCUGCUGAAAAGGCUGCCAAUGAAGCUGAAGAUGAAUCCAAUGAUGAUAUUGAACAUGAUGAAUUGUAA